AUUUAUUCAAUCAUCGAAAAGUAUUGAAUUUAUUAUUGUUUUUAUCAUGAAAUUCCCUAGACGACAUUUGAUAUCCAUAUUAUGUCUUUGUACAACUACGAUGAGCUAUAUUGGCCGUAUCAAUCUAUCGACAGCAAUCGUAGCUAUGACUUUUGAUACACAUGAUGAAGCAAUGGAGGAAUCUGACUCUAAGGCCACAAUUACAGACGCUUGUCCAGAUCGCAAUUUCAUUAAAAAAAACACUUCAGAAUCGGAAAAUGAAAUCAAUUUGCAAUCAACAACUGCUCAGCGUUUCGAUUGGAAUAAAAAAACUCAAGGUAUGAUUUUGGGCGCCUUUUUCUAUGGUUAUUUUUCCUUACAAGUUAUGGGCGGACGUCUGGCCGAUAUGUUUGGGCCACGAAUAUUGUGCACAUCGGGCUUAUUCAUGACUGGAAUGAUAAAUCUUUUGACACCUUUGUUAAGCAAUUAUUUUGGUUUAUUGAUUACAAGUCGGGUCGUUCUAGGUCUAUUUCAAGCAGGCAUUUAUCCAUCUUGUUAUGCACUGAUAUCACGUUGGAUACCUGAUCAUGAACGUAGUAAGAGCAAUUCAAUGGCAUUUAUUGGCGGUAAUUUGGGUUCACUAAUAGCAUCAACAUUAGCUGGAUAUCUUAGCCGUCAUGGAUUCGCUGGUGGAUGGCCUUCUGUUUUCUAUGUUUCAGGUACACUGAUUACCACUUUUAGCAUAUUAUAUUUUUGUCUUGUACGAAAUGAUCCAGCAAAGCAUUGGUUGAUAUCCGAAAGUGAACUCCAAUAUAUUCAAGAACAUAUAAAGGAAAAAAAACAAAAAAAACCAUCUGUAUCAUGGCUAGUAUUACUUAAAAAUCGGACAGUCUGGACUGGUGCUUUUACUUAUUUCACAUCAACAUGGUCUCAAACAGUUUUUGUAUUGAAAAUUCCAGAAUACAUGCAUCAUGUACUGAAAAUUCCCUUGGAAAAGAACGGGUUAUUUUCAGCAUUAAUGUAUGCGGGUGAAUGUACCAGUUUAUUAACGACCGGAAUAAUUGUUGAUAGAAUCAUAAAAACCGAUCGUUAUGAUAAGACUGCAAUAAGAAAAAUUUGUCAAACAACCGCCCAAAUUGGUGGUGCCAUUUGUCUAUUGAUGGCUACUAUCGCCAAUUGUAAUGAAGGAUUAUUUUUAUUUGCAGCAACGGCAACAACGGUUACGAAUGGUCUACAAGCCGGUGGUAUGGUCCCAUUACCAUCGGAUUUAUCAAAUGAUUUCAGUGGAACAAUAUUCGGCAUAAUCAAUAUGAUUUCUAUGACAAGUGGUUUCAUUUGUCCGUUAGUCAUAGGACAUAUCGUUGAUGCUAAUCCCAGUCGCAUUAAACAUGGAUGGUGGACUGUUUUUUAUAUAACGGCUGCAUUGCGUACGGCUGGCGGUAUUGCAUUCGCAUCAUUUAUAUCAGCUAAACCGCUAUCAUUGGGUUGGAAAAAUGCCCCAUCACCAUCAUCAGCAUCAGCACAAGCAACAGCACCAACACCAGCAUCAGCAUUAGCAUCGGCAUCAGCAUCAACACCAGCAUCAGCAUUAGCAUCGGCAUCAGCAUCAGCAUCAGCAUCGGCAUCGGCACCAGCAUCGGCAUCGGCACCAGCAUCGGCAUCGGCACCAGCAUCAGCAUCAGCACCAACAUCAACACCAACAUCACUAUCAUCAUAGUCACAUUCUGUCCACAACGAUGAUGAUCAUUCAUUGAAAUAAUAAAUUGAUUCAUUGUUUUUUCCGCUUGAAAAUUUUUGAAACUCUGUAACUUUAAUUUUAUCAGAUAUACAAUUUUUAAUGUUAUCGUUAAA